AUAAACUGGCAGUUACAAGGAUGAGAGAUGUUUAAUAGAACUUUUUAUUAUAUUAUAUAUACCCAAGCCUGUAAAAUAAAAUAGAAAAUUAACAGAUAUUUAUUUAGGCAAACUAUGUAAAAUUUGGAAUUAAAGUAACAAAAAAGUGUUGAAUAAAUAAUUUAUAUUGUUUGAAGAAAACGGCGUGGAUGGAUUUUUUGGAUUCUCUCGAUUUGGAAACAACACAUAAAAAAACUAAAAGAGUUCGAUCAUGGUAUUUGUAUGAGCAAUUUAAAUCUCUGGAAAACAAUCAGUUGGAGGCUGCACAAAAAUUGAAAGACAGGUCCUACCAGGAGAGGAUCCUGCGUCGAGAGUUACGUGAAAGAAGAGCCAGAAGAAGGCUCUACGAUGAAUUCGGGUUGUGUACGAUCGAGCCUCGCACAGAGAAGAGUAUUACGAGCGAAGGAACGAAAACAGCAUUUAGUGCGAGCAAUGAUGAUUUCUUUGAAAGUUUUUGCGAACUCGAAGACGACCGUAUCAGUGUAGUUACUGAGCGUGACUUAGAAGAUUCAGAUAACAAUUUCAGCCAAGAUGACUCGCAACUUGGUACACCAUAUGUAGAAGAAUUUCAAAGUAUAGAAGACAUAAGGAAUGACAAUAGCCUUGAGGAAAGUAUUACUAGCGUGGUCGAGAAUCUAAAAUCCAGAACAAAUUUAGCAGAUGAUAUAAAAGAAGAACUGGAAUCUGUGAAGAAAAAUAUAGCUGAAAAUAUCAAUAUGCAAAUGGAAACUGUGAAAGCUAGUUUGCAGUUCAUAGAAGAUUAUACCAAAUUGUGUGAUGAUGCUAAAAUGUCCAGCGUGGAAAGUUUGCCAUCGAUUGAAACGCGUGCAAUGAUGGAAGGGAGAGAACAUGUACACGGGAAAAACGAUGACAAUAAUUUAUUCAUCGUGUGGUCAAAACUGGUUUCAUUUGCUUAUCAAAUUAUUCAACUGAAUCACGGCAAUUGUUAUUAUGACUAUGGGUCUCAAUUUCUGACUGCCGUGCUUGCUUGCGACGUUUUGCGGAGGGGGAUCAACCGAAUGUUUAAUAUUUUGCAGCCCUACGUUUCUCCGAUAAAGUUUGCUACUGAUGAAUCCGAAACUUCCUCCGUCCCUCACAAGACUGUCAAAAGAAAAAUAAGUAGAGAUACGAAAAAAUACAAAAACUGGACAAACCACAAGCUAUCCCAUCGAAAUAAAGGCAAAAAAUUGUCUAUUGACCAAAAAUACAACUCCGAACAUUCUCCUAAACACAUGUAUGAAUACCAAAGCAACAAGAAUCGAUGGAGCAGCGAACCACGGCACAUAAAUUCUACAUUUACAACAAGUAAAAGAGAUUUGAACUUUAGUCAUAAAUCUUCUACAAUAUGGCCAGGCUUAUCAAGAGAAUAUGUAAUAGCAGACUGCAAUUGUUACUGUCAUAGAAUGAGGAAUCCCAUGUUAAAUAUAGGUCGCUAUGUUGACAGCAUAUUACAAGACAUUGAGGAUUGUAGCCACGACUGAAAUUGUUUGUGAUCUAAUUAUCCAUACAAUCGUUGAGCAAUGUUUUGUUAUUAAUUUUUAUUUACUUUACCUUUAUAAAUAUAUUUAUAC